AUGGAUUUGUGGUGUACCUCACCGGCCGCGUCCGAGCAAGACAGAGUGUGGCCGCGCGAGCCCCUCAAGAGUCGCUACUUGCUGCGUUCUAACUUGGCCGUACAUUUUUGGGGAGAAAAGUGGCCCUGUUCAUACCAUGAUGUGGAUUAUAGUCUGGUACAGUUCGGCCUUGUUUACCGGACCACAUCAGUUGAUCCUGGUGACGGUGAAGUGGCCUCAUGCAGUGGCUUCCUGGGAACCAGCGGGACUUCACAGCAAGACAAAGAUGGUUUAUCUUUGGAUAAUGUUAGAAGUACUGUUGCAGAAAGAAGUGUGAAGAUGAAACGGGACUUCAUGGACCUGGGUAUCUGUAUCAGACAGAAAUUGGCACAUGUGAAAGACUGUAAAACAGGUUCGAGUGGAAUACCUGUGAAUCUGGUUACAAAUCUCUUCAAUUUAGAUAUUCCCCGAGACUGGCAUCUCUACCAGUACCAUGUGACUUAUAAUCCAGAUAUCGAAUCUAGAAGGCUGAGGAUUGCUCUGCUUUAUAAUCACAGUGAACUUGCCAACAAAGCAAAAGCAUUUGAUGGUGCUAUCCUUUUUCUUUCACAAAAGCUAGAAAAAAAGGUCACAGAACUGUCAAGUAAAACUCACAGAGAUGAAACCAUAAAGAUGACUGUCACUCUAACGUGUGAACUGCCCUCAAGCUCUCCUAUGUGCAUCCAGUUCCUCAAUAUCAUCUUCAAAAAGAUAUUAAAAAAGUUGUCCAUGUACCAAAUUGGAAGGAACUUCUAUAACCCUUCAAAGGCAGUGGAAAUUCCCCAGCACAAAUUAUCCCUUUGGCCUGGGUUUGCCAUUUCUGUGUCACAUUAUGAAAGCAGGCUCCUGUUUAGUGCUGAUGUAAGUUAUAAAAUUCUCCGGAAUGAAACUGUUCUGGAGUUUAUGACUGAUCUCUGUUACAACGCUGCUAUGUCUGACUUCACCCAGAUGUGUGAGAAACAGCUUAUAGGGCGCAUUGUCCUUACAAGGUACAAUAACAGAACCUACCGCAUUGACGACAUCAGCUGGUCGGUGAAGCCAGUGCACACCUUCAAGAGGCGGGAUGGCUCAGAGAUCUCCUACAUAGAUUAUUACAAGCAGCAGUAUGAUAUUACUUUAUCUGACCUAAAUCAGCCAGUGCUUGUUAGUCUGUUGAAAAGCAAGAGAAAUGACAACACUGAACCUUGGAUUGUCCACCUGAUACCAGAGCUUUGCUUUCUAACAGGUCUGACUGCCCAGGCAGCCUCUGAUUUUCAUUUGAUGAAGGCCAUGGCUGCAGAAACAAAGCUCAGUCCUCUGAGCAGGCAGCAGCACCUGGCCAGGCUGGCUGACAACAUCCAGAGGUACUGGGGUUGUCAACCUGUGUCUGCUGCUGAUUGGUCCAAGGAUAUACGAACCUGCAAGAUGUUAAGUGCACAAUCUUUGAAUAAAUGGUUGAUUUUAUGCAGUAACAGAACUGAGAAUGUGAUCCAGAGUUUUCUGAGCUGUUUGAGAAGAGUCGGAAGUUCCAUGGGAUUUAAUGUGGGCUACCCUAAAAUCAUAAACAUACAGGAAAGCACAGCUGCGUUCAUUAGAGCUAUUCAGCUACAUGUGGACCCUAAUGUUCAGUUGGUGAUGUGUAUUCUGCCUUCCAAUCAAAAGAACUGUUACGAUUCCAUUAAAAAAUACCUGAGCUCCGACUGCCCAGUCCCAAGCCAGUGUGUGCUUGCUCAGACCUUGAGCAGACAGGGGAUAAUGAUGAGUAUUGCCACCAAGAUUGCCAUGCAGAUGAUCUGUAAGCUCGGAGGGGAGCUGUGGGCCGUCGAGAUUCCAUUAAAGUCCCUGAUGGUGGUUGGUAUCGAUCUCUGUAAAGAUGCCUUCAACAAGGAGGAGGUGGUAGUUGGAUUUGUGGCCAGUGUUAACCCCAGAAUCACCAGGUGGUUUUCUCGCUGCAUCCUUCAGAAAACAACAGCCAAUAUUGCGGACUGUUUGAAAGUCUUCAUGACUGGGGCACUGAAAAAAUGGCUCAAGCACAACCAUGAUUUGCCGGCACGGAUAAUCGUGUAUCGUGAUGGUGUUGGGAAUGGCCAGCUAAAAACAGUUCUUGAAUAUGAAGUCCCACAGCUGCUGAGCAGCAUCAGGGAAUCCGGUUCAAGUACCAGGCUGUCUGUGCUCGUGGUCAGGAAGAAGUGCAUGCCCCGGUUCUUUACAGAAGUGAGUCGCACCCUUCAGAACCCUCCUCUGGGCACUGUUGUAGAUUCAGAAGCAACACAUCCUGAGUGGUAUGACUUUUACUUGGUCAGCCAGACUGCCCGUGGGGGAACUGUCAGCCCCACCCACUAUAACAUCAUCUAUGAUGACAACAGCUUGAAGCCUGACCACAUGCAGAGACUGACAUUCAAACUCUGCCACCUGUACUAUAACUGGCAGGGUCUGAUCAGUGUCCCAGCACCAUGCCAGUACGCACACAAGCUGACCUUUCUGGUGGCACAGAGCAUCCACAAGGAGCCAAGCUUGGGCUUGGCUGAUUGUCUCUUCUACCUCUGAUGACGUCACCAUCAGCAUCACUUCAUGCAAAUGCAACAAGUAGUUGAUACACUUCAUACAAAUCUGCCAACAGCUCAAGGCUGUCAUGAGGGAAAGGGUUCAAGUUUGUUUUAACUUCUGAGGCGAAAAAACUACAAAUGCCUUAGUUUGAAAAAGUUAUAAAGACAAGCCAUUGGCUCACACCUGUAAUCCUGGCUACUCAGGAAGCUGACAUCUGAGGAGUGAAGUUUAAAGUCAG